CGGUGAAUGGCAGAGUUACCGAUUGACAAACGUCAGAAUAAAGAAUAAACAGUUAUUUAAUUAAACCGAUUGGGCUAAAUUAAGCAAUAAAUUAAAGAUGAGCUUGGUGCGCCUGAGGCUGUUGCGUAAUCUCAGUCGCCAGAACCUAGGAUUUUGGAAAGAUUUACCCCGAUCGACCGCUGUGAAUGGUAGUUUUUCGACUGUCAACUCUCCGGCCGCCAUUAGAACGCUGCAAACCUGGAAAAACGGACACAAUCUCCUAGCCCAUCAAUCGAUCUCUGCAUUUAAACCAACUCAGCGGCUGUAUUCUUGUGAAAACCUGGUCAAAACCAUGGAGGAGCACUGCGUUGUCCCGGACGUGAUUGCCAAGGCACCGGCACAGACCGCUGUGGUCGAAUAUCCCGGCGAUAUUGUGGUGAAGCCGGGCCAGGUGCUGACCCCCACCCAGGUGAAGGAUGAGCCGUGCGUCAAGUGGGAGGCGGAUGCCAACAAGCUGUACACCCUCUGCAUGACCGAUCCGGAUGCCCCGAGUCGCAAGGAUCCCAAGUUCCGCGAAUGGCACCACUGGCUGGUGGGCAACAUUCCCGGCGGCGAUGUCGCCAAGGGCGAGGUUCUCUCCGCCUACGUGGGAUCGGGUCCGCCGCCGGACACCGGACUGCAUCGCUACGUGUUCCUCGUCUACGAGCAGAGGAUCAAGAUCACCUUCGACGAGAAGCGGCUGCCCAAUAACAGCGGCGAUGGACGCGGCGGCUUCAAGAUCGCCGACUUCGCCAGGAAGUACGCUCUCGGCGAUCCAGUCGCCGGAAAUCUCUACCAGGCCGAGUACGAUGACUAUGUGCCCAUUCUCUACAAGCAACUGGGUGCCUAAUUGUUAAACCAUAAAGGCAAAAAACCAUGAUUAUAUAAGGCCAGUUGGAAUUGGAUUCAUAAUUCGCCUGAA